AUGGACCCCGUAGCGCCACGCAGCGAGGGCUUUGAGCACCAUCCGUAUGCGCCGCAGACGGACUUUCUCGACACGACGGUGACGAAUCAGGCCCGGCCACUGACGCAGGCGGUCAUUACGGUGCGCGUCAUCAAGAACUUUGAGUACCGCGCGAUGAAGGCCCUUGUGCUGAAAGACGUGGAUCUCACGACGCUGACGACGCCACAGCUCAUUGCGCAAUGCAAAGAGGCCGUGCGUACACAGCCAGGCUUUAAAGCGUAUCGCAACGUGGUUGAUCAGCUGGAUACCAUCAAACUAUACACGCAGGCCCACGGCGCCAAGACGACGAAUCUGAUCAUCAACCUCGAUCAUCCGGAGUGGAUUUUCGACAGCGCAAGUGAUGCGCCUCUCGCGUCGCUGGGUGUGCAAAACGAGACAGAGCUGAGUCUGUUUCACCGCGCGGCGUACGAUGCCUUCCUUGCGCACCCACAGACGCGGUGGGACGACACGGCCUAG